GUCAAUCUUUUCUCAGACCGUGGCAGCGAGUAUGACAAACUCAACUCUUUAUUUUCUAACCAUGGCAUCGCUCAUCUCACUACCCCACCCAACACACCAGCACAUAAUGGCCUCUCUAAACGUCGUCAUCGCGACCUUGUCGAAACAUGUCUCUCUCUCCUGCAUCAAGCUUCCCUUCCCGCCUCCUAUUGGUCUUACACUUUUCAUACUGUCGACUAUUUCAUUAAUAAGCUUACCACUCCUAUUCUUUCAAAUACUUCCCCCCAUUCUAAAAUUUAUCUCACUCCGCCCAAUUACCACAAACUCCGGGUGUUUAAUUGUCUCUGUUUUCCGUAUCUUCUCCCAUACUCGUCCCACAAACUCAACUCUUGUUCCCUUCCAUGUGUCUUUCUUGGCUCCUAUCUUUCAUGUUUCCACAUACCCAUCCACAUCCAGCCCACCUAUCGGCCCACUACCCUCAAACCCACCUCCCCUCCUAGAUCCAAUUCCCCAUACUUCCUCCAUGGAAUCCUCUUCACAACCCGCUUCCAACUCCUCUUUGCCCAUCCAUUCUUCUCCUCCACCCUGCCAUCGUACCCCCCCCCCCCCCCCCCCCCACCAUCUGACUCUCAAACUAUCACCAUACCUCCUCCUUCGAGGAAAAUUAUUACCCGCUCCCAAAACAAUAUUUAUCGUCCCAAACGUCUAUUUACCGCCACUCGCCACCCGCCCGAUGUUCCUGUUGAACCAACCAGUGUGAAACAGGCUCUCCUUGUUCCACGGUGGCGUCAGGCCAUGCUAGAAGAGCUUCAAUAUCUCUACGCAAAUCACACAUGGACUUUAACUGAGAAGCCAUUGAGUGCUCAUGUUGUUGGUUACAUGAGGGUGUUUCGCAUCAAGCGCAAUGCCGAUGGUUCCGUUGCUCGCUAUAAAGCUCACCUGGUAGCUAAGGUUUUCUAUCAACGUCCUGGUCUCGACUAUCACGACACCUAUAGUCUUGUUGUGAAACCCGCCACAAUUAGUGUGGUCCUCGCGAUUGCCAUUGCCCAAGGGUGGCCCAUCCGUUAGCUUGACAUCAAUAAUGCCUUCCUCAACGGCAUUCUCGAGGACGAGGUUUACAUGGCCCAACCUUUGGGCUAUGUUGAUUCUGCUAUCUUCUUUUGUUUGCAGGUUACAACGCUCUCUUUACGGCCUAAAGAAGGCUCGCCGGGUUUGGUAUCAUGCCCUCCAUCACUUCCUUCUCCAAAUCGGUUUCAAACAAGCUGGCUCUGAUGUCUCUUUGUUAUCGUUCCCCCACCAGUCCGAUGUCAUUUACCUCCUCGUCUACGUUGAUGACAUUAUCAUCACCGACUCUUGUGCGUCUCAUGUGCCUCUGUGUAUUUCCCAGCUCGCUGCAGGUUUUUCUCUCAAGGACUUGGGAGAUCUUCACUAUUUUUUUGGGUCUCGAAUUUGUUCGCGGGAUGUCUGGUUCUUUCCUCACUCAACGCAAAUACACAGUUGAUCUUCUCGACCGUGCUACUAUGCUUGAAGCCAAAUCCAUCUCGAAUCCACUAUCCUCACCACCACUCUCCAGCUCAAUGAUGGAUCCCCUGCCACUGGUGGUAGAUUCUAUCGUAGCAUCUUGGGCGCCCUAUAGUACUUAUCAUUCACUCGGUCGAAUUUAAGCUUUGCGGUCAAUCGGCUAUCACAUGACAUGCAUCGUCCAUCUGCUCUUCACUAGAAUUCCAUGAAGCGUGUCCAUCGUUACCCCGAAGGCACCAUCGACCAUGGCAUUGUUCUACCCGCCUCCUACACUCUUCGUCUGCAUGCCUACUCGGAUACUGACUGGGCUGGCAACCCUGAUGAUCGUUCAUCCGCUACCGCCUACAUUGUCUACUUAGUCUCCACACCGGUCAGCUGGGCUUCCAAGAAACAGAAACCAUUGCUCGGAGUUCCACAAAAGCAUAAUACAAGGCUGUUGCUGCCACUAGGGCUGGAAGUUUGGUACCGGUAUUUGGGAUAUACCGAAUACCGUACCGAAUUUGUCUAUAUUUGGUAUUACCGAAUACACGUAUUAUUUUGUGGGAUUGGGAUUGGGAUUGAAUUUGAAUUGUCAUUCGGCAUUAGGGAUUAUGAGAUUGGGAUCGUUAUAUACCGAAAUACCGAUCAAUACCGAAAUAUAAGCUAGUGUAUAUU